AUGAGGAGAGAAAAUGAAACCUCCAUGAUGGUUUUUACCCUCCUUGGAGUUAUUCCAGGAACGAGGCACACUGGCUUAGUCAUCUGCACCAUUCUGUUUUUCUACGUUGUCGCCAUUACAGGAAAUACCACCCUGGUCCUCGUCCUCUCUCUGGAUCCCCAGCUUCACAGCCCCAUGUAUUUCCUGCUCAGCCGGCUCUCCCUCAUGGAUAUCUCCUUCAUCUCCACCACUGUCCCCAAGAUGCUAACCAACUUUUUCUCAGGGACAUCAGAUAUUUCAUACAUUGCCUGUGGAACUCAGAUCUAUUUCUACUUUGCUUUGGGAGGCAGUGAAUGUAUUUUGCUAACCCUUAUGGCCAAUGACCGAUAUGUGGCUAUUUGUAAACCUUUGAGAUACAUGGUCAUUAUGAAUCUUAAAGUUUGCCUGCAGAUGGCCAUUGUGUCCUGGGUUGGGGGAGCAAUUAAUUCUGUAGUUCAUACUACCUAUACCAUGCAUUUUCCCAGAUGUGGCUUCUUCUGUGAACUCCCAGCAGUGCUCGAGCUAUCAUGUGAGGACGCUUCAGCUUAUGAGAAAGUAAUUUUAGUAAUGGGAAUUUUAUUUCUUCUCAUACCCUUUGGCCUCAUCCUCACCUCCUAUACUCUCAUCUUUCUUAGUGUUCUCCACAUAAGUUCUUCCAAGGGGAGAAAUAAAGCUUUCACCACAUGCUCUGCCCAUCUGAUUGUUGUGUUUCUCUAUUUUGGUCCAUCCAUGUUCAUCUACAUGAUUCCCAGCUCUUUGCACACCUCAGAGCAGGACCAAGGCCUCUCUGUAUUCUAUACCAUUCUGACCCCCAUGUUGAACCACCUCAUAUACAGCCUAAGGAAUAAGGCAGUAGGAGAGGCUUUGAGGAAAUUAUGUGCAAAGGCCUUAUCAUUAUGUAGAAUAGUGAUACUAGAAUUCAGUACAUGUUUAUGA